AUGAAAGUACUUUUCCAAGCCGAUAUUGAUGCGGCGACGAAUGAGGAUUAUGGAUCCGGCAGUUUAAGUCCAGAAAGAAAAAGGAUUUUUACCACUUAUCGGAGCCAGAUUGGAACAUUAUCUCUCCUCACUGAAAUUAAAGAACUAAUUAAAUCAUUGGUUAAAGCCGAAAAAUUUAUUGCCGAGUUUAAAAAUUUAGAUAAAAUGGCUUCGGCUACAAAAUUAAAAGAAGAAUACCGAAACGGCAGCGGAGAUAAAAAAUCUGCUUACGCGAUUGUCAACCAAGUUGAUAACCAAAAAGACCCGCAAAUUCUUUUGGCAGAAAGCCGAACUCAAUUAAAAACUAAGUAUGCCAAUGAUACGGUGGCUCAAGCCAUUUUUGAUAAUGAGGUUUUAGAUUCUGCAGCGGCUCUCCAAGCAGCUGAAAAACUAUUAAUAAAGGUGCGAGAGGCAGAAGCCAAAAAUGAUGUAGAUGCGUCCUUGUUAACUCUUUUACAAGCCGUUAAUAGUCAUAAUCAGCAAGCAGAGACAGCUCUUGCACACCUCCAAAAAGUGAACCAGUCGCGAGAGGAAAUAGUAAAAACUCUCCAAGAGGCCAAAAAUGAAAACAGUGAAUUAUAUAAGCAAGGCGGCAAAACUAAAAAAGUUAUUAGAAGUUUGAGACAGAGAAAACAGGUUUCUUUUCGACUUGACCAAGAAAAUUUUUCGACCGAGAAUAAAGUUUUCUUGCAAACUGCUCUGGUAAAACUAAUUCCCGAAACGAUAAAAGACGAUAAUGAUGAGAAAGGGUUAACCGAACUAGAAAACCAGUUAAAGACUUUUCAAACUACCUCAGAAAGCGAGGAAAAGGGUCAAAUCUACCAGAAAUAUAAAAAAACUAUCGACCAAUUAUUAACUGAAAUCCGUCAGGAAAAACAAAGAUACCAACAAACGAAACUACAAGAUAGCAAUGAGGAACAAAAACCGACAGUUGAUAACCAAAAUCCUAGUUCUGAUAGUCGCCUGCCGGAUUGA